GCACUCUAUUAAUGACCUCCCCAAGAUUGAGACAUAGAGGAGGAGCCUCCCGUUCGGCCUCAACGCUCCACGCGUACUCCCCAUAUUUUAUCCCUUUACUUGUAAAGCUUGUCAUAACAUCAAUACACCCAUCCAAAUAGCCUUCUCGAAUCAUGAUAAACUAAACUCAUAUCUAAAUUCAUAUUCGUUUAUUCCCGCUACAACGCGUCAGCCACCUCGUAUAAGCUUAUCCUUAUUAUUAUCUAGCCGACUACCAUCGGACAAAACAACCCUGACACAGACACGCCACCACCGAAUCAAGGCAGGCCAAAAUUCCUACUCCAGAUCGAGAUCAACCACCUUUUCAUCCCUUCCAUUCUCACUCAUGAUUUGAUUUGCUCAACCGUCCUUCUCUCCCCUGGGCAGAGACCGUUACCCCAUGGUUGAACAGUUGGGGUCAGGGCAGGAAAUACAGUAACAACAGUCACUCGUUUCAAGUUAAUCGGCCGAUCACGCCCAAUCGAUUCAUUGCGACGUCAGCGAACAUCCCGCAUGUCGGCCGAGAUAACCUCAAUACACUCGUUUUACCCCCUCGCCAAGUCAUCAUGUUCCAAGAUCGUUCUGGGGCCGAGGUGCCAUCAGGCCCUGAAUCACCGAAAGCCAGUUCAAAGGUCAAUGUUCGUCGUCGCAACAGUGGUGCCGGUCGUUCCGCGCCAUUGGUCAAUCGCAUAAAGGAUGUUGCUGCAGAUGUAUAUCAGAAGACCGUUGUUGAGCUUAUUCUGCGUCGCAAACAUGUUACUGUGUCGACUGAUGGGCGGCGUAUACCUCUCGAACUCGAACACGAAACCCCUUUAAUCGAUACUCGUCGUGGUCUUGCAUAUGUCUCGAACAGCAUCCGAACGUCAAGAUAUACAGUAUGGGACUUUAUACCCAAGCAGCUUUUCUUUCAGUUCUCUCGCGUUGGAAACUUUUAUUUCCUUUGCGUUGGUAUACCGCAGAUGGUCCCAGGCCUUUCGACGACCGGGUCCUACACUACUAUUCUACCGCUUUUAUUCUUUGUGAUGUUGACAAUUGUCAAAGAAGGUUACGAUGACUAUCGAAGGUAUCGCCUGGACAAAAUCGAGAACGCUGGCUUCGCGACUGUGCUUGGACGAGAAGAUAAAUACACGGGAAAGCUACAACCAGUUAAUAAGUGGACAAAGCUUAACCCGUUUUUGACCCAUUCGACCGCUGAACCGUAUCCCGUACCGGAGGAGGAAUUCAACGGAUUGCGUUGGGUUCCUGUGAGAUGGAGCGAGAUCAAGGUCGGAGAUGUCAUCAGACUUUGCAGAGACGAGCCUAUUCCCGCAGACCUUGUCUUGCUACACAGUGACGGGGAGAACAAGCUGGCGUACAUCGAAACCAUGGCUCUCGAUGGAGAGACCAAUCUCAAGAGCAAGCAGGUCACGCCCGCUUUGGAAGGCUGCGACACGAUCGAGGGGAUUUCCAAGUGCAAGGCGGAUUUUGUCGUUGAGAACCCAAACCCUGACCUCUACAACUUUGACGGUCGCGUGACAGUCAGCGGAAAGACUGUGCCCUUGACUUCAAAUGAGGUUAUUUAUCGCGGAAGUGUUGUUCGCAACACCAAUACAGCAAUUGGGCUUGUAAUCAACACUGGCGAGGACUGCAAGAUUCGCAUGAACGCCAACAAGCACCCAAAAGCCAAAAAGCCAGCCCUAGAGCGAGUUGUAAGCAAAAUCGUCGUUACUCUUGCCACUUAUGUUGUGGUCCUAUCUGUUGGGGUGUCUAUGGGCUAUGUCAAAUGGCAAAAGAGCACAGAAAGGCAUUCAUGGUAUCUGGAACAAGCCAAGGUGCCUUUCUACCAGAUCAUCAUUGCAUUCAUUAUUAUGUUCAAUAACGUUGUACCCCUGUCGCUUUAUAUCAGCCUCGAAAUCGUCAAAAUCGGCCAGUUGCUGAUGCUGAACUCGGAUGUUGAAAUGUAUGAUGAAGAGACAGAUACCCCUGCCCGAUGCAAUACGAAUACUAUCCUUGAGAAUCUGGGUCAGGUGGGAUAUGUCUUCUCAGACAAGACGGGAACCUUGACGGACAAUAUCAUGAAAUUUCGAAAGAUCAGCGUUGCAGGAACUGUUUGGUUGCAUGAGAUGGACCUGGAACCAAAGGUCGAUGAAGCUGAGGCUUUUAAGCUCGAUGAAGAGUCAGAGCCAAGUGAGCCCUCAGUUUACAAGACAGACCCCGUCACGGUCGUUAUCAGAGAGGAACAGGCUGAGGCGUCGAAUGAACCAUCCACACCACUAGCUCUCGCCUCGCCAUCUCGACCCUCCAUGUCUCAUCGCCCAUCUAUGGCACCCUCGAGACCUUCAAUGGCGCCUUCGCGCAAUUCAUUUGGAAGUCGUAGGUCUUCGUCCCAAUGGCGCUCAACGGGACGACCGGAUCAUAUUCAGCCCGACGUUACCACGAAUGAUCUUAUUGAAUACCUACGCCUCCGCCCUAACUCAGGUUUUGCUAGAAAGGCGAAGCAGUACAUUCUCGCCGUAGCUCUGUGCCAUACCUGUUUGCCUGAAUAUAAGGAGAACGGAGAGUUAGUGUUUCAAGCAGCAUCUCCCGACGAGCUAGCUCUCGUCAGGGCUGCUCAGGAACUUGGUUACCUUGUCGUUAACCGAACGACGCAAACCAUCACUCUUCGGGUCACUCAGCCUGACGGCCACGAGGAGGAGCUCAAGUACGAGGUCCUGGACGUGAUUGAAUUUACCAGUGCAAGGAAAAAGAUGUCGAUCGUUGUUCGUUUCCCAGACGGUCGUGUAUCGGUCAUUUGUAAAGGUGCCGACUCUGCUAUCUUACCUCGUCUGAAGAUGUCGCAGAUCGCCAAGCAGAAAGCUAGUGAGGUUCGCAAGAGCGCUGAGCUUGAGCGCGAGAUGCACCGACGCAGCGAGCAGCAAGAGCCACGCAACAGUUUUGGUGGUAGGCCUAGUCUCACCAUCCGACGAAACCCAGGCGUGUCGAGGGAUCGGAGUACAAGCAGACGACCCAAUGUGGAUAGAAGCAAGUCGUUCGAAUUUGGCCGACUUUCUAGACGCUCGGAGGAUAAGCCCCGUCUGUCCAUUGCGACUCGCGGUGUGUCAAUCGAUCUCCCUCGAGGCCAGUAUUUGAGCACUCCCGUUCAUUACCAGCAACCAGUUCCCGAACACCUGGCCUUCCUCGAGGAUCCAGCUCUGCUUGACGACUCUGAGACAUUUGCCAAGUGCUUUAAGCAUCUGGAUGACUUUGCCACCGAAGGUCUUCGGACGCUACUCUUUGCGCAAAAGUUCAUCACGGAACAAGAGUAUCAGGCCUGGAAAAAGACUUGGGACGAGGCUACGACUAGCCUCAGUGAUCGUCAACAGCGCAUUGAGGAUGCCGGCGAUAUGAUCGAGCAGUCGUUUGAUCUUGUUGGUGCAACUGCCAUCGAGGAUAAGCUACAGAAGGGCGUCCCUGAGACAAUUGAGAGGUUGCGAAAGGCCAAUAUCAAGAUCUGGAUGCUUACAGGUGAUAAGCGAGAGACCGCUAUCAACAUCGCUCACUCCGCCAGAAUUUGCCGGCCCGGUUCAGAUCUCUAUAUUCUCGACAUUUCCAAGGGAAGUCUUGACUCGCAGUUGAUUGCCCUGCAAGAGGAUCUUUCAACUGGCUCAGUCCAUAGUGUGGUUGUUAUUGAUGGCCAAACGCUUGCGGCUGUUGAAAAAUCGCCAGAAUUAUCUGCUACAUUCUUUAAGGUGAUGUUGCAAGUCAACUCGGUCAUUUGCUGCCGUGCCUCUCCAGCGCAGAAAGCACUACUUGUAAGCACCGUCCGGUCUCGCCUCAAGAAAUACCAUGGUAGGAAACGUCGAGGCCUAACCCUGGCCAUCGGCGAUGGUGCAAAUGACUUGGCCAUGAUCUCAGCCAGCCACGUGGGCAUUGGUAUAUCUGGAAAGGAAGGCCUGCAAGCAGCUCGCGUGGCAGACUAUGCCAUUGCUCAAUUCCGGUUCCUGCAGAGAAUGCUGCUUGUCCAUGGACGAUGGAAUUACGUCCGUACCGCCAAGUUCAUUCUUUACACAUUCUGGAAGGAAAUGUUCUUUUACCUGCCAACAGCGCAGUAUCAAAGAUACACUGGCUAUAGCGGCACGUCUCUGUAUGAAGCUACCAGUCUGACGGUUUUCAACACACUUUUCACGAGUCUCUGCGUUAUCUGCAUGGGAAUUUGGGAGCAAGACCUCAGCGCCGAGACACUGUUGGCCGUUCCCGAGCUUUAUGUCUAUGGACAGCGCAACCAGGGCCUCAACAUCUGGAAGUUUGGUCGAUGGAUGCUUCUUGGUGCCAUUGAGGGUGUGGUCUGUUGGUAUGGCGUCUGGGCUGGCUAUGGUUGGAUCACACCGGCAGCGCGCGACCAAGGCUUGUAUGCCCUGGGGACGCUCGCAUUUUCAGUUGGAGUUCUCUGGAUCAACUGGAAACUUUUCAUUUUCGAAACCCAUUACAAAUCUACCAUUGUAAUGGCAUCUUUCUUUAUUACUACUGUCGGCUGGUUCGCUUGGCUGUGCUUCCUCGACGCAGCCUUUGCGGGCCGCCCGUCUGGGCCAUACGCUAUUCGAAAUAGUUUCACGGAAGCAUUCGGGGCCGACGCAGUAUGGUGGGCAACAUUAUUCAUCGUACUCGGGCUCCUGGGUCUGUUCGAGAUCGUGCUCAAAUGCGUGAAGCGUCUUCUCCUAAUUGCUGGACUUUGGGAUUGGCCGCCCUGGGGAAAGAGUCGUCGCGGUGAGAACAUCGAAGAAUGGGACGUUGAGCUAUGGCAGGAGUUAGAGCAGGAUCCGGCGUUACGAGAGCGCUUAAAGCGACUUGCUCGUGAUGAGCAGGUGGAAGAGGAGGAUGAAUUCGAGAACGGCAUUGAGGAAGGGAUCCGGGGACGUUGACGUGAGUGAUUAUGGCGUUUUGAUACCCUAUAGAUAAUCAGUACUUUCAUGUCAUUGGGAUUGAGUUGCUCGUUGCAUAGAUUUGGACAUGAAACACGACAUAGCAAGGAAUCUUCUUUCACACACGGUCAAAUUGUUCGCUCAGUACCUCAACGUCUAUCUCGACACCUGCCUCUGGCUGCUUUAGCCUCGCUACAAACUCCUCACCCAGUGUUGCGGGUGUCAAAAUACCUCCACGUCUGUGAGCAGGUAUAAUUCCUUGCAGAAGGACCAAUGCCGCUUGGGUCAGGGCCACGCCUGUGAACACAUACGGAUCACCACCAUAUGCGAACUUGACUUCAACUUUCGGAACAGGCUCAGCUCCUUUGUUAUCUGCUAUAGCCAGAGUGCGAUACUUGAAAUAGUGGCUUCUACGCGCUUCCUCAGACGGACCUGUUCCUGGUGGGAACAUUUGGACCGCCAAGUAGCGUAUAGGAGGUAUUUUUGUGAUUGCAUUUGUGAGAAGGGAGAGGCUUGUUCGAAACAUCAAUGCUGAUAAAGCAUUAGAACAUCUCAUUCGUGACGAGAAGAAGAAAUCCUCUCCGUAGCCUUCUGGGCUCGGGAAGUCUGAUCCAUGACCAGCGUAUAAGCCCCAACUUCGGCCGACGAGAGUCUUUUCAAUCUGUGCAUGGGUGCUUUCCACUAGAACACCCAGUUCAUCAACAAUUUGGACGUCAAGAGCGUUGGGGGGCGGGAGAACCCCGUUUUUGGCCACCUGUUGUUCAGUCCUUGGCACAGGAGAUAGAUCAAAAGGGGCGAUGUUGACGGGUUCGAGGCUACACAGUGAGUUGAGGCUUCCACCGCUGAAAGAACCGCGGACGUCUUCAAGACAGACCAGGACUUCACGAGUAGGAAGGGAAAAGUGACGUUGAAGUUUUAGAGCGGCGAGAUAGACGGAUAGAUCUGCGGGAACGGCAGCCCAGCCUGCGGUCAUGAUAAUCUAGCAGCGUCAGACAAAUAUCGGAAAAGUAGACAGCUUAAUGAUCAUACUCUCGAACCUGAGUUACAGGCUGUCGUGUCGUACUGGGCGAUAAUAUCUCGCAUCCAGGCGGGCUCUCCGCUACUUUGUUGGUGUAAGUCGGAGUGUGACCUACACGCUGUGAGAUGGUGUAUGCUUACCAAUCCACAUAAUCGGUGCCGUUCUCAGCGCAGGCUCUGAUCACAGCCGUUCCACAUGUGGUAGCAUAAGGACCAAUAGUAUUUAUAACCACACGGGAUGUCUUGACGAGUUCG